AUAGCCAGCUGGAGUGGCCAUCAUUAUGGCAAAGUGACGGUCUCUGGAUAGAAACGAGUCUGAGCAGGCCUGUCUCCCACGCACACAGAAAGAUAUAUAAACCACCACAAGCACCCGCUUCAUAGUAGUUCCAAGCACACGCAGCAUCACUCAUCACUCCGCCUCCAAAAGAACAUCUACCAUCACCACCACCACCAAAACUGCCAACAUGAAGCUCCUCUCCCUCGCCAUCCUCCUGCUGGUCACCGAGGCCAUCGCCUCCAAGGUCUCCUACUCCACCAAGUACACCGAGGGUGGCAUCUCCGGAAAGGGCGCCAACGAGGUCAAGGCCGGCGGCACCAUCGACGACGACAAGGAUGAUACGGUCCUCGACAUCGCGAGCUGGAGUGAGAACAAGUUCACGGCCAAGAGAAACGCGCGCAGCGGAGUGAUCAUCGUGUCGAAGAACGGCAGCGUGAAGACGAAGAGCGAGGCGACGGAGUCCAACAACGAGGCGCAGCAGGCUGUGAACAAGAAGCUCAAGGAGUAGAUGGGUCUGUUGAGUGGUGAGUUUGAUUCUGCAAGUUGAUGAUAGUUAUGAUGGCUGGGUG